AUGGCCCAUUCAGAGACUCCCUUCAGGCCAGGUCCGGAAAUUUCCAUAUCUGCAAGCCCAGAAGAAAUGGACCUAGAACAUAGCCUGGAUUCCCCGGAAAAAAUCGAGGGUGAAAAGAAUAUACUUAUUGCAGAGCUUCCCGCUUCUGAAGAGCAAGUUAAUGCUGAUACGUCUGGUCGAGCACCGAAAAAGUCAUGGUCCUUUAAAUUCGCCUUCAUAGGGCUUGCGGCGACUCUGUUUGUCUUCCAGCUGGAUGCAACAUGCUUAGGCAUUGCCCUUCCAACUAUAGCUGCUGACUUGAAAGGAUCGAGCUUAGAGUCCUUCUGGGCAAGUCUAGCCUACACCCUUUGUGGUUUGGUCAUGCAGCCAGUAUGGGCCAGUAUUUCCAAUGUCUUUGGUCGAAAGCCCCCUUUAUACGCAUCCAUGGGAUUGUUCUUCAUUGGUUCUAUUGUCUUUGCAACAGCACAACAUAUGAAUUUCAUCAUCGUCGGACGAGUACUCCAAGGCCUCGGCGGGGGAGGAAUUGAUGUUCUGGCAGAGGUCAUACUUGCCGAUAUGACGACGCUAGAAGAACGCUCGACAUAUAUUGGCUUGAUGUCCAUUCCGUCAGCUGUCGGAAAUAUUAUGGGACCCACAGUUGGUGCGCUUUUUUCGACAUACGCUACCUGGAGAUGGGUUGGGUGGAUCAACCUACCGUUUCUAGGAGUCGGAAUGCCAUUGCUCUUUUUCUUCCUCAAGCUUCGACCUGUUCCUCUCGAUACAACACUUGUUAGAAAUUUGAGUCGUGUCGACUGGAUCGGCAUGGCUCUCGUGGUUAUUGGAAUCACAGCUUUUGUGGUGCCACUCAGUUGGGCGGGCUCGUUGUAUCCCUGGGCCGCUUGGCAGACUCUCCUUCCAAUGCUAUUAGGAGCUGCAGUUAUUGUUAUCUUUGUCUUCUAUGAAGCAAAGCCUACAGCACCGAUUAUUCCCCAUCGCCUCUUUCACUCCAAGACCGGAAAUGUCACGCUACUGGGAGGCUUCAUUCACGGCAUCCUUUUGAUCUCUCUACUACAAUACCUACCCUUACUUUAUCAAGCUGUCAAGCUCGAGACUGCAAUCUCUUCCGCUGUUUCCUUGUUGCCUACCUCCAUUAUCAGCGUGGUAUUUGCAGCCAUCUCAAUGAUGAUGGUACCGUUAUUUGGAGGAUACGUAUGGAUUCUACGACUUUCAUGGGCCAUCCUUACGCUGGGAACGGGCCUACUAGCCUUAUAUGAUGUGGGACCUUCCUCAUCCAUGCGUUAUGGACUUCCUAUCCUUUGGGGACAAGGCGUUGCGUUACUACGUCUAAACAUCCUUCCCAUACAAGCGAGCGUCAAGAACGUAGACGACACAGGUUUGGUUAUCGGACAAUUUCUCUCCAUUCGCAUGUUUGGUGGUCUUAUUGGUCUUACUAUCUCUUCUGCGAUUUUCAAUAGUGUCUUCUCAACGUCCAUUUCUGAUACCACAGUUGAGCUGACCGGAGCUCUGGGGCCGUUGAAGGACGCAUCCAAUGCUGUCAAUUUUAUUGAUCAGUUGAGGUCUUUAGACGUCCCUCUAACGACGCUAGAUCAGGUCUUGAGAGUCUAUCUGAAGUGUUUCCGGACAAUCUUUUAUACCAUGACUGGGCUGAGCGGACUGGGGUUGGUGACAUCCCUCUUCCUAGAAGAGAUUAACUUGAAGAAGCAGGAACUUGGGAAGCAGCGCUUCGAGGGGUAGUCAGAUACAGUUCCUUUUGUCGUACAGUAACUUUGUGGGAGGCUCCUUACCAAGUCUUGUGUCCUACCGCCUAGCUUAUAAUGAUAUAUCCAAUCAUUCAA